AAUCAUCGGCCAGUCCGCGUCCUGUCGCGCACAUGAGCGGUCGUUAAUCUUUGAAUCUCGAGAGAUGAAUCGCGAACUCGAAACGGACGCAUCGCGCGUCGCGUAAAGGAAGUUCUUCCGAAGGAGAAUACGUUUUUUUUUCUCGUUAAGAAGAUUAUCCUUGUUCGAAAAAUAAAAAGAGAGAUCGCGCACAAUGGAGGAGGUGUCCGUGGAGAACGCCAAAGUGUCGGACUCCGGAUACUCCAACACUUGCAGCAACAGUCAGUCGCAUCGCAGCAGUGGCAGCUCAAGAAACAGCAAUCGCUCCGAAAGCAGCGGCUAUUGCGGCAGGCAUCUAUCUAUCUUCGGGUCCAGCAAUGAGGCGCUACCGCAGCCGAUCAGCAAGAGAAAGGACAAGGAGUACAAGAAGAAGAAGUCAAAGGCGGUAUCGGCGCUUAAUGUCGCCGAGACGGAAGUCGGCGUCUUGAUAACAUCGAAUGCGUUGCCGGAAGUCGCAUCCUACAACGCCAUCGUCCCCACGAAUACCGUGCUUGACGAGAAGCCAGAAGAGGUAGCCAUCGUGGAAUUGAUGGAUGCAACGGAUCCUGGCGAACACAAUGGCGAUGCCGUCGCAGAUCCGGAAGCAGCAGGACUUGCUUCGCGGACGAUCCCUUUGGACGAUUCUACAUCUCAGGCCAACGAAGGAUUUUGUGCGGUGAUUUCGAUGCACGACGGUCUCGUGUUGUACACAACCCCGUCGAUAUGCACUGCCCUCGGCUAUCUUAAGGACGCCUGGAUUGGCCAAUCCUUCAUCGAUUACGUACACCCGAAGGAUAAAGUCACCUUGGCUGAUCAGAUCACUAGAGGCAUUUCCUCGCCGCAAGAAGAGCGAUCUAAAGGCAUCAACGGUAGAAGGGCGAGCCUGUUCUGCGGCCUUCGAAGAUUCACCAAGAACAACGUGUCUAAUGGACAUCGCGCGGACGUUAGAUCGAACCUGUACCUGACGUUUCACCUGACCCUAUCGUUCCGUGACCAGACGGUUGAACAAAAGCCCAGCAACCGAGCUAUGUUCCUCGUAGUUACUGCCCAACCCGUCCAUUCCGCAUAUAAAGCGCCAGAAGAAACAAUAAUAUCUUCGAUAUUCACGACCCGCCACACUGCGACGUGCCAUUUAUCUCACGUCGAUCCCGACGUAGUCCAAUACUUCGGCUACCUACCACAGGAUAUGGUUGGCCGUUCGCUGUUUGACUUCUACCAUCCCGAGGAUCUGCCUUUCAUCAAAGACAUCUAUGAGACUGUGAUCAGGCUCGAAGGCUCCUCCUUCAGGUCGAAGCCGUACAGAUUCGCCGUGCAAAACGGAGGCUGCGUCGUUCUCGAGACCGAGUGGUCAUCCUUUAUCAAUCCAUGGACGAAAAAACUAGAGUUUGUCGUAGGUCAGCACCGGGUGCUCAAAGGACCGGUGAACCCAGACAUUUUUCGCGUGCCGCGCGACACCGAUUCCGGCUACCUGGCCAGUAUAAGCGAGGAGGUGCUGAAGGAGGCUAAGAUCAUUCAGGGCGAGAUACGAGCGCUCCUCGACGAGAGCGUCCAGAGAAAGUCAGAUAUAACCGAACUCGACGUAUCAAAGCGAUGUAAGGAUCUAGCAUCCUUCAUGGAAAGUCUGCUCCAGGAGACGAAGGCGCUCGGGGUGAGCAAGGAUGGGCGUCUCACAGCAGACGAACUCAGGAGCUUUUCGGGAUCACGCAAUCCCUUGUUGCAGGAGCACGACAGCGUGAUGCUUGGUGAGAUCUCGCCCCAUCACGAGUACUACGAUAGUAAAUCCUCCACGGAAACGCCGCCGAGCUACAAUCAGCUCAAUUACAACGAGAACCUCGAGCGAUUCUUCAAGAGCAAACCGCUCGUCACCACCAUGUACAGCGAUGAGGAGAAUGUCAAUUCCAGCAAUGACGAAGGCGCGAGGAAAUGCAUGUCGCCGAUAAAUGGCAGUGGUGCGAGCGGCAGUGGUAGCGCCGAAAAUCUGAGCAGCGGUUCCAACAAUCAGACGAGCUCGGCCAGCCGAGGUGAUGCCUUCAACACCACAAGUAACAGCAUCACGACCGCCCCGAUGGAGAGCUUUAAGCUGCCCACGUUGACGGAAUCACUGUUGAAUCGCCACAACGAGGAUAUGGAGAAGCUGAUGAUGCAGAAACAUCGGGAACUGCGUUCCAGCAUCAAGAACAGCGACAAACUGAAGGACUCCCGCAUCAAAACCGAAAAGGGUACCGAUCAGAGCGUUCAUUACGUGAAUCAGGGUCACGGGGUCAAGAGGAGCGGUAGUCAUAGUUGGGAGGGUGAUAGCUACAAGGUGUCCAAACACGAUAAAAUUUCGAGGACGAGCACGGCAGGUCCGGCAAAUCUGACGACCACCGUCACCAGCAUGAGUCUCGAUCAGUCGACCGUGGUGCAAACGGGAACAAAUAUUAAUCUAUGGCCACCCCUAUCAGUUACCGUACCCUCCUCUGUAUCUGCGCAACCUUCCAUCCACAAUAGCAAUUCGGAGGCGACACCGAGAUUUUCCUUACUUCCCUCGGUGAUACCGGUGUAUUACGUGCCGGUGCCACAGCCCAGGGAGUCCGCGUCGCAGAUGUUGCCGCCCCAGCAGAAGCUCGACCCACCUCCGUCGACACACUCGACGCAGCAUUCUUAUAUGUCCUACGUCACAACGAUGGCCGGGAUGAUUUAUCCAGCCAUGAUUGGCGCGCCGCCACCGUGUGCGAUGAUGUAUCAACCGUUUCUGAUGCCGGAGCAAGCUCCAACGCGCGAGAGCCAGCAACAGUCGUCCGACGACAAGUGUCCGGAUCGUAAGCGACCCGCUAGUCAAGCUACGAGUGUCAAGGCCGAGCCUGGGAGUAUAAUGGCCAUGUCCGAGUCCUCCAAGAAGGUUCUGUCGCCGGGCGAGCUAUUUUCAUGCGUGAGCAACGGUGGCUGCUCGAGCGUGGUAGAUCUCCUGACACCAGUGAUCAUGAAGCAGCAUCGUCGGCCAACCGAAUACAAUGGAGACGAGUCAAGCUCGUCCAGCUUCUACAGUAGCUUCCUAUACAAGAGCAGCGACAGCAGCUGCAAUCCAGACCAGAAAACGUGCGAGGCUUCCUCCGAGGAACACACCAAGUGUCAUCAAGGAAUGCGAAGGAGGGAGCCACCCUGGUUGGAGGACGUACAAUUGACGCCGGAGUUGAUCUACAAAUACCAGAUGCAUCCGAAGACGUUGAACGAGGUGCUGAAGGUCGACAUGGAUGCGAUGAAGGAAUUCAAUCAACCGCUUCUGGUGAACGAUCAGCUGGGACAGCUUUAUCUGGAUCUGGAGCUGGGGGGCUUUGGUACGGAACUCGUUCUCGAGGAUGGGAUCACGUCAAGCGGAAGCGACAGCGGAAGCAGCAAUAGCAAUUGGACCGAGUCGCAGCGCAAGCAGAGAAGAAUGGUAAAGUACGGCAAGCUGGUGAUGAUCCACGAAGAGAACGCGCCUCUACCGCCUCCGUUAGCGCCUCAGAUUAUAUCCUGCCAACAUUCAUGAGUACCGCACAGUCGAGCAGACUUGGAAUACUCUUGAAGUGAAGUUUGUUUUUUCACACCUGAAUCUUUUUCAACUAGAUACGUCGUUUAAGUAAUCUUAGAUUAGAGAUUAGGUCGUAUUCUUGUACUGUAUUUUAUAUUUAGAUAUCUGAUUUUUAAGAGUUAACAAGUGAACAAUUUAACUUUUGUCUCGACUCUAGUGAUUUCGUUUCCUACAACGAGACAUUGGUA